ACAAAUAUCGGAAUUUGCGCAUUAUUUUUAUAAUGCCAGCAUAUAUUCAAUUUGGCGCUCAACACGAAGUCGUUUCAUUUUUGCUUACACAAAUGAACUAUUUGAAGAUGAAGUUGUCUACUUUAAUGACUAUAUAUUUCAUGAUCAACCCCAUAUACUGUUAGUAAACGCAGAGUAUCUGAAUUCAAGCAUUUUUCAUAUUAAAACCAAUCGUUUUGUGGGUCCCAGAGACUUUAAAGAUAACCCCGAAUCGGUCAAUUUGUAUACCCUGCAGCUUUACGAUGCACUCAAUCAAGAAAUCAUGUGGCAAAGUGACGAUACAUUGAGUAGUAAACUACAAAAUCUUCAGGGACGUGAAAUGGAAGGGCAACCGAAAUUCUAUGAUCGAGCUCUGGAUAAACCCCAAGUUGCUAUCGAUGGCACUGAUAUUCGCCUGAUGCUGAUAUUUUGUGAACGAUAUAAUUGUACGAUUCAAGCGGAUACAACUGAGACGUCCGAUUGGGGCUAUGUUUAUCCAAAUGCAACUGGCCUUGGUCUAGUGGGCAUGAUCAUGGACAGACGUAACGACUUCGGCAUUGGUGGGAUGUAUUUAUGGCUUGAGGCCUAUCAGACCUUGGAUAUGACGCAUUUCUUAGGUCGAUCGGCUGUUACCUGCCUGGUGCCGAGUCCAAAUCGUCGAAUUAAUUGGGCAUUGCCAUUGGAACCCUUUCAGGCCAUGUUAUGGCUCUCUGUAAUGUUAUGUCUCGUGAUGGAGUCGCUGGCUCUUGCAAUCGCUCGCCGCUUUGAGGAUACAAUGGUGACUGGUAAAACAGGGUCAAGCCAAGGUUGGCAAGGUUGGGCCAAAAGUAUUCAAUUUGCUUGUGUUAGCACAUUGAAACUUUUUGUGAAUCAAAGUACAUCUUAUAUAACCGUAUCGUAUACCCUACGCACUAUCCUCUUGGCCAGCUAUAUGAUUGAUAUUAUUCUAACCACUCUCUAUGGUGGGGGAUUGGCGGCUAUUUUGACAUUACCCAGCUUCGAAGAAGCUGCCGAUUCGCGUCAGCGUCUCUACCAACAUAAGCUCACCUGGACGGGCACCUCCCAGGUGUGGAUAACGACCAUAGAUUCAAAAUCGGCUGAUCCAGUCCUUAUGGGUAUCAUGAAUCAAUUUCGUGUGUACGAGGCAUCAAAAAUCGCCUCAUAUUCCCGGUCUGAGGAAAUGGCUUUCGUUUUGGAACGCGUGCAAUUUGGCCAUCUGGCAAAUAGUGAACCAAUACCCAACGAUGCAUUGGACCGUCUUAAGCUAAUGGUCGAUGAUAUUUAUUUUUCCCUAACGGUGGCAUAUGUGCCACGUUUAUGGCCAUUUCUCAAUGUCUACAAUGACUACAUCCUGGCCUGGCAUUCAUCCGGAUUCGACAAGUAUUGGGAAUGGAAAAUAGCUGCGGAUUACAUGAGUGCCCAUCGUCAGAAUCGCAUGCUCGGCUCACAGAAGCUUAAUUUGAAUUUGGGGCCAGUGAAACUCGGUCUAGAUAAUUUCAUUGGCUUGAUAAUGCUGUGGCUUAUGGGCAUGGUAUGCAGUUUGCUGGCCUUCCUGGCAGAAUUGUGGUGCAUCAGUGGACAGAAGAACCUACCAAAGCAAUCAAACAAUCAAAAUUGACUCUCAAGUCGCCACUCUGAUCUCAAUAAUGAGAGCUAAAACAGUAAAACCCUUCAAUACUUUGAGAAUUGCAAUUUGUUUAUUUGU